AUGGCGCGGAAAUGGUUCCAGCUCGUAGGCGAAGAUGGGAACGCGGUGACGUCGACUGAUGCUGUUGUCGUGGAUAUCGAAGAUGUUGUUGCGUUGCGGGAUGCGGUGAAGGAGAAGCUCAGAGACAGCCACCUAGCAGGGAUUGCUGCGUCCGAUCUCACAGUCUUUGCGAACCGGGCGGAGUACGAUGCGAAGCGAAGCGUGCUGCUGCCCCAGUCGGGGUCCCCAGUUACGGCGUAUGGGAAUAAUGAAGAUAAUGCGCUCAUUGUGCAAGUGCCGAAGCGCGCAGAAAGCGAUUCACGCUAUUUAUCCAGCCAAACGCUCAAGAACAAGUCGAAAAGGCAGUAUUUGUGA